AACCUACGACCACUCCAUAGUUCACCCUGGACCAAACCUGAACAUGAUUGUGGGAGCCAAUGGAACUGGCAAGUCCAGUAUUGUCUGUGCCAUAUGUCUGGGUCUGGCAGGAAAGACUGCCAUCCUGGGCAGAGGGGACAAGGUAGUUGGCUAUUUAUUAACAAGUGUAACGUUACUAACGUUAGCUAGCUACAACUGGGAUAUGUUGUCAAGAGCUUCAAACUGUCCGUUGCAUUCUUUUGGAUUGUUGCAUGAAUGGCACUCAAUAUUGUACUUCAUUUCUGUUUGUGUUGGGUUUUGUAUUUGAUUGUACAGAAUUUAAUUGAUAACUUGUAUUUAAUGACUAGGUUGUGAAGCGUGGGUGCAACAAAGGAUCGGUUGAGAUUGAAUUGUAAGUCUGUUAUUGAUUAAUCAGAAAUACCAUCACACUGAUUCCCAUAUGUCUCCAAUAGUGGGUAUAAUAACAUGGAUGGAACCCCACCUGUGUUUUCAGGUACAAGGCCGGGGCGAACCUGGUGAUAAACAGAGAGAUCCACGUGGAGAAUAACCAGUCAGUGUGGAUGCUGAAUGGGAGACACUCCAGCCAGAAGGCUGUGGAGGAGGAGGUGAAGGCUCUACAGAUCCAAGUGAGCAACCUCUGCCAGUUCCUGCCACAGGUGAGUGUAAACUUGGAGGUAGCCCUUUUUUUUUUUUUUUUUAUACUUGAUUGCUAACGUCAUACUCUUUCGUCAUACUCUUUCAAAUUCUCUGACCACCCUUUGCCUCCUGCCCUGUGACUUUGCAGGAGAAGGUGGGUGAGUUUGCCAAGAUGACCAAGAUUGAGCUGCUAGAGGCCACAGAGAAGUCAGUGGGACCUCCAGAGAUGUACGAGUUCCACUGCGAGCUCAAGACCUUCCGCACCAAAGAGAGGGAACUGGAGGUGAGCACAGUUCUAAUUCUCGCUCUAUGGAUGAAUGGGGACUCAUAGCUUCUUCUUUUAUAAAGAAGCUUUUGCUGCAGUGUUGACUGCUCAGGGAGAGCAAGUUCAAAGGUACGCUGGUUUGUUUUUUGGUAGAAUGUGUGCAAGGAGAAGGCCAGCGCCCUGGAGAAGUUCAAGCAGAGGAACGAACGGAACAAGCAUGACGUGGAGCGCUACUACGAGAAGAAGAGACACCUGGAUAUGAUUAAGAUGCUGGAGAAGAAGAAACCCUGGGUGGUGAGUUUUCAUAGCAAGAUCAUGUGACAUACCUGGGUCAUAUUUAUUAGUGCACACCAACGUAAACCGCUUACUCCAAACACUACAACGGUUUCCGUUGCAAAACAUUUAGCUAUGUUGUGCACCAAUGAAUACAACCCUGUAGUCAUUCAUAGAUUGCUAUAAGACACUGGACAUGGUAUAAGACACUGGACAUGGGUAGAUUAUCCUCCAUGUAAAAACAAAUUGCAUGUGUGGGUGUAUUUAUAUGAAUGUUAUGUGAAUAUGUUAAUAAUCUUUGUCAACCCUUUCUGUCCUCUCUAGGAAUAUGAGACCGCCCGUAAGGAGCUGGAGGGGGUGAAGAAGGAGAGGGAGAACGCCAAGAAGCAGCUGAAAACUGUGAGGGAGUCCCAAGCCCCCACGCUGAAGAAGAUCCAGCACAUUGACAGCCAGCUGAGGCCCAUCGAGAACCAAAUGAAAGACAAGGUCAGACAGGCUCCCUGGGCUAUGUAGCUGCGAUGGAUGGAGGGGGAUGUCCAUUUAUUCCCCUUCGUUCCAGGUUCACGGCUUAUUCAUUUUGAAACAGGGCCCUGGGUAGGAGCAUGGGUUAUAUUUACUUGGUGGGUGAUACUGCACAGACAUUUGGGAACCAGUGUGUUGUGUACCCCGUGGACUAGUGGUGAUGUUUCCUUGUUGUGUUCCAGACAGCCAGAAUCAGGGAGGCCUCUCAGAAGUGUAAACAGAAACGGGACCACCUGGACAGUAAGCACAGA